UAUACGGAUGUAAACAAAUGCGGCAUGUUGGAGUAAAAUGUCUUUGCAAGAAACAACUCCGGUUCCGAUAUUUGAGGACGUCGACAGAGAUAUUUUUCUCCGUGAUAUUUAUCCAAGGCGUGUUCCGGCUGUGCUCAGGGGGGUGAGUCUGGGUCCGUGCGUGGAUCUGUGGGAUGUGGAGAGUCUCAGCCACAGAGGGGGAGACCGAGAGGUGAAAAUCCACGUGUCUGAAAGUCCUCAGAUGAACUUUCUCCACAAAAACUUUGUUUACAAGACCCUUCCCUUCAGUACGUUUGUGAAAAGAGCAUCAGAACAGAAGCACUCAGACUUCUUCAUCUGUGAGGAUGAAUGUUAUUAUUUAAGAUCACUUGGGGAAGACGUGCGAAAGGAGCCAGCUGAUCUGAAGAAGCAGUUCCCGGACUUGGCCCAGGACUUCCACCUUCCGGACUUCUUUGAGCCGCAUCAGUUCUUCUCCAGCGUGUUCCGGAUCAGCUCCUGUGGCCUGCAGCUCUGGACACACUACGAUGUGAUGGACAACCUGCUCGCUCAGGUGACAGGCAGGAAGAGGGUGGUUCUGUUCAGCCCGCAGGAUGCCUUACAUCUCUACCUGUCAGGUGACAAAUCAGAAGUGGUGGACAUCGACCGUCCUGACCUGACUGUGUUCCCCAACUUUGUGAAGGCAACCAGACACGAAUGUGUGCUGGAGUCUGGAGACUUGCUCUUCAUACCCGCUUUGUGGUUCCACAACACUCUGGCGCUCCAGUUUGGAGUCGGUGUCAACGUCUUCUGGCGCCAUUUACCAGAAGACAGCUACGACAGAAAAGAUCCGUACGGGAACAAGGACCCGGUGGCAGCGGCAAGAGCCCUACAGGGCCUGGAGAGGGCGCUAAAUGCUCUGGAAGAACUUCCACCGGAUUACAGGGACUUUUACGGGCGCAGGAUGAUCCAGAGGAUCCAGAAACGGACUCAACAAUUGGACUCUCAUGUCUGAAUACGGAUGAGUCACAAAUAAAACCUUCCCUUUUUGAACCAAAACGCAAAUUUGGCCAACUUGCUCUUUAAGAGGCAAAAAUUAACUAGUGAGUCAAAGAAGGAGGUGGAGGGAGGAAGAGGGUGAGUGAUGAAUGAGGCAAGUAUUGGCUCUUAAACAUAUAUAACAUAGAGAGAGAGAGUGAGCAAUAAACCGUGACGGAGACACACACCAGUGGAAACCUGCUGCGAUGGAUUUAUUGUGACGUGAAGCCUGAAAACAGGAAGCGAUGAUGUCACGAGCUACAGCUACGUCACACAAAUUCAAUGAAUAGUUUGGCUCCAAGAUGAGGAGCAGUGUGUGUGAUGAGGGGGAAAAAAAAAGCAGCCGUCAUUCAUUCAUUACAAACACACACACACACAUUAUACACACUGAGUCCCUGCAGAAGUGACAGCCCGGAGCAGGGUGCCGGUCUCUCCAGGCAAGGAAGGCAAGUGAUCAUGUGACUGAGGCAGCAGGACGAAGGGCAGUGCAACGUGGUGUGGUGCCACCUGUUUUCCGUCACGAUUCAGUGUCGACUCAUCCUGCAAAGCACAGUUUGUUCGUUCUUGUUCUGCCAGUUUUUUUGCGGGGGGACGGUGGGUCCGAUGGGUCUACGGCGUCUGCGCCAUCCCCCGGCUGGACUUCAUCUUCUCCAGUCUUUUGUUGAGGUGGCUGUUGUUGGACUCCAGUUCGUCGAUCUUGUCCAGUGCUGAGCGAAGCUGAGGAGGAGAUGAAACCCGUGUCAAACACUGUCCAGACACCAUUAAACACGGCGUGAAUUUCUUCUACAUCUCUUUGCAGCUUCCUCUUUUCCGCCUUCAGCUCGUCCUCCACCUUCUCUGCGUUUUCGGCGGCUGACUUGUAGCGAGUCACCUGACCCUCCAGUCUGCUCACCUGGAGACCAUAAACUCAUUUCAGACAAUCCACCGUGUUGGCAGAGAACAGAGAGACUCGUAAAAGUACGUUUUGUUCCAACGCCGUCACUUCCUGCUCAGCCUUCACCAGCUUGAACUUCAUGUCGUUCACCUGUCUGCUGGAGUCUCCUGUAACACCAGGCAAGGAGAAGACAGGUGAUGAGGACGAUGCCACGCUGACAGGCCAGAAGGACCACAGUCCUUAAAGACACUGGAAUAUACUUUGAGCAUCAAUGAGGUUCGGAUCGCCACCGUUUUCAAGAACCGGAUUGUCUGGGCUGGAAUCGCUUUCUGUGCCAUUUCUUGUCGUCUUCUGGUCCAACUGGGUCUUAAGCUUCUUGAUCUGUGUACCAGGAAGAACAUUGGAUGGUGCAGAAAAGGAACUGUCUUGGUGUCAACAACCACACAAAUGGUCACAUUUAUGAUUUUCACACCACGCAUCGGUCAUAUUGCUCUAACAUUAUUCUGUUAUAGAUCAUUAAAGGUAAAGUUAUAUGAUAAACCAUAUUCUUACCUAUGUUUUACAUUUCUCAAUGAGAUGAUAAAACAACAAUAAAUUGAAUGAAAUAAUAAGUUCAUU